AUGUCGUACGCAGCGAUAGCCAAGCCGUUGACGCUGAAAUGCGGUCUCACCUUGCCAAACCGCCUCGCCAAAGCCGCGAUGGCUGAGAACUGGGCCGACAAGGACGGUUUGCCAGUCGAAGCGAUGAAUGCCGCUUAUGGCCAGUGGGCAGAUGGUGAAUGGGGUCUGGUCAUGACGGGCAACGUAGCAGUUGACCUCAAGUACCUCGGUCAGCCACAUGACGUCGCGUACAACGACACAAUUCCCUAUGAGCGCAUGCUCUCCGUCUGGAAGACUUGGGCCGCUGCUUGCAACCGUAACGGCACACCCACCAUCGUACAGCUUAACCAUCCUGGCCGGCAAUCGCCUUUUGGUGCCGGCAAGCGCAGUUUCCUCGAGAAAACCCUGGCUCCUAGUGCCGUGCCUUUGCGUUUGGGAGAUGGAUUCAUUCCGUGGCUGAUCAACUCUUUGUUGUUUGGCACCCCGCGUGAGAUGACCAUCGCUGACAUUAAGGACGUCGUGCGUCGCUUUGCGCUGACGGCAAAGCUUGCCUCCGAGGCGGGAUUUGCGGGUGUUGAGAUCCAUGCGGCACAUGGAUACUUGCUUGCGCAGUUCAUGUCUGAGAAGAUCAACAAGCGGACAGAUGAGUAUGGUGGUUCUUAUGCUGGACGCGUCAAGAUUGUCGUUGAGAUCAUCCGCGCUAUCCGUGAGGUGGUUCCUAAGGAGUUCUGCGUUGGUAUCAAGUUCAACUCGGUCGACCACCAGUCGCAGGCUGAACUUGCUGGCUGUAUCGAGCAGUUGAAGCUGAUCACCGAAGCUGGAGUUGACUUCCUCGAGAUCAGCGGUGGCAGUUACGAGGACCCUGUGAUGGCUACCGGCAUCAGCGAAGAGAAGAAGUCCGACCGCACCAAGGCCCGCGAGGCUUUCUUCCUCGAGUUCGCCAAGGCAAUCCGCAAAGACUUUCCUGAAGUGCCUCUUAUGGUGACGGGCGGUUUCCGUACCCGUCAAGGCAUGGAAGCUGCGCUGGCAAACAACGGCUGCGACCUUAUUGGCCUCGGCAGGCCUGCUGCCGUCAACCCAUUGCUGCCCAAGACCGUUAUCCUUGCUGCCGAUGUUAAGGAUGAAGAUGCGAAGUUGUACACCAGGAAGAUUCAGACGCCGUGGAUUGCUGAGAAGAUUGGUAUGAAGGCCAUCGGUGCGGGCGCCGACUCGGCCUGGUACGGCGGCCUAAUUCGCAAAAUGGGCCAAGAAUAA